AUGUGUACCUUCUUUCAUAAAGGCGUUCGUCUUCUUGAUGUUAUGCGCGAUCGAGAUGUCGAUUUAUUACCAUAUAUGCAAUGGGAUGGUGACCUAUCAGAUUUGACUUUGAUCAAACAAAAAUUGAUCGAUGCACGUAUUUCACUUCAAAGUGCAUCGAUUCAAAGCAAAAAAGAGUUGAUUGCUGAUUUUGAAAAACUUUGUGAGAAAAUUUCCUAUCGAGCAGGUGGCGAUGCAAAAUUUGAUAUGAUGAUGACUAUUAUACGCACGUAUCGUUACUCGUUGAAUGAAUACGAUAAAUCAAUUGAACUCGAAAACAAAAUGCAAAAUGAGAAGAAACCUGUAACAAAAAUUGAUUCAUCACAAUUACAGUCAAAACAAGCAGAAUUAAUGGAUGAAUGUGAUGAUAGUGGUGUCGACUUAUUCGGUGAUUUUAAUAAAGACUUUUUCUAUAAGCCAUCUGAUAUAUUUGUUUCAGAUUAUUCAAUUACCGACACUCUGCUCGCUGCAUCAAUUUGUACUAAAACGGGCAAACCACUUAUCUCACGACAAUUUGUGGAAAUGACUCGAUCACGUAUCGAAGAUUUACUUGGCUCAUUUCCGCAAUUAAUUGAUGCCGAUAAACAACAUACAUUUGUUGAAACGGAUACUGUUCGUUAUGUUUAUCAACCAUUUGAUAAACUUUAUAUGAUUUUAUUAACUACAAAAGCAAGGAAUAUAUUUGAAGAUCUUGAAACCUUGAGACUUUUCUCUCAAGUGAUUUCAGAAUAUUGUAAAAUUGUUGAUGAGAAAGAAAUUUUUGAACAUGCUUUUGAAUUAAUAUCUGCAUUCGAUGAAAUUGUUGCAUUAGGUUAUAAAGAAAAUGUGAACUCAGCUCAAAUUCGUACAUAUAUUGAAAUGGAUUCACAUGAUGAACGUGUGCAUGAUGCAAUGAGACAUUGUCAAGAAUAUCAAGCAAAAGAUCGAAUGAAACAAACAGCAAAAGAACUUGAUUUACAAAAACGUGCACAACGUGUUGAUGGAUCAAAAUUCUAUGAAAGUUCAACUAGUAUAUCAUCAAAUAUAUAUAGCAGUUCAUCAACGAAUAAUAAACCCGACAUAACACCAACACCAGUAACUUAUUCAACUAGUCAUACAGCGUCGACUACUAUUCGUCCAAGUACAAUAGACAAAGCAAUGAAAUCGGAAGGUGAAAUCGUCGUCAAUACUGUUCCAGUAACAUCAGGUGUUGGUGGAGCAGUUGCUAAAUAUAAAACACAAAGUAUAUCUUUACCAAACACAAAAAAAGGAGAUGUUCAUUUAAAGCAAGAAAAAAAAUUAACUGUACGUUGCAGUCACGAUGGUGGUUUAGAAAGUUUAGAAGUUCAUGGUAUGCUUAUAUUAUGUGUUAAAUCUAUACAAUAUGGACGUAUUCUUAUUGUUGUUGAUAAUAAAGAAACAAGAAAUAUUCAAUUGCAAGUAACAAUUUUAGUUUCUUCUUUUUGGAUUCAGUCCCGUUUCGCUGACAAUUCUGAAUAUUGA